UAGAGUAAUGGUGUCGGUUUUAAUGCUCUCAGCAUUGUUUUUCAGCUCUGUUUGAUCUGAUAGUGGUCAACUGUCAACAUUUUGUAUUCAAACUGUAAAAAAAAAAUUUAAAAAAGGAUUUCAAUCAGAAUUUCAAUCAGAAAUUCAAGGGAAUUAAAUCUAAAGGAUAUUUAUAAAUAUUUCUCAGUUAAGUUCAUGUAAUUGUAACUGGGUGUUUUUUAAGCGCUAAACUCACAAGGCUUUUCUAAAGUCAUCUUCAUGCAUAUGAUGGAAAGCUACAUCAUAUCAUCUGCAUCCGAAGAAAUAAUCUCAUAUGAACCCGAGAAUUAUAGAUCACCAGUAGAGAUAUACUCAUAUCUCACCAAUGUUGGAGAACUUCACGAUGAAAACGGUUGGGAUUAUCACUCUGACAGAGGCAUGCACCAGAGUGACUUGUUGGAAACUUCCUCACAAGAGAGUCACCUGACAGAGCUCCAGAGUGUCCAUGCCCAACAACUCCUCCACCCCUAUCGCUACCCCGAUACCGACACCCUCCAUCUGCCACUAGUAGACCCAGGACUGGGACCCCUAACCCUAACCUCACAGAUGCCUUAUUGCAGCCGUACAGUGUACUACCAUCAGCAGGCUCCCGUGUCCCCUAGCCGCUACUGCUCAGAGGAAGAGGGACUUGGGGGCCACAGCCCCACCCUGGAGGUGUCUGAGGGAGAGGAGGACUACGGAGACCAUAUCCCCUCUGGGGGAGACUCCAGUAGCAAGAGGAAGAUCCGGCUGUACCAGUUCCUCCUGGAUCUGCUGAAGAAAGGAGACAUGAAGGAUAGCGUGUGGUGGGUGGAAAGAGAGAAAGGUAUCUUCCAGUUCUCUUCUAAACACAAGGAGACUCUGGCCAAUCGAUGGGGCAUGCAAAAAGGAAACAGGAAGAAGAUGACCUACCAGAAGAUGGCCAGGGCCCUGCGGAACUACGGCAAGACGGGAGAAAUCAAAAAAGUCAAGAAGAAACUGACCUACCAGUUCAGUUCAGAGGUACUGAGGAAAGUCUCAACUACAGAGAGGAGGCACUUCCCUCACUAAGGAUACCAGAGAUUGUUUAUGUAAUGCCUCUUUAUACAGGCUUUGGGUUUAGAUCUACCCUCACUGAUAUGCAUUGCAAAUAGGACAAUCAAAUCAAAAAUCUAAUUUGAUUGGUCACAUAAACAUGUUUAACAGAUGUUAUUGCGGGUGUAGCUAAAUGCUUGUGUUCUUAGCUCCAACAGUGUA